AUGGAGAGGCGUAGUGUCUACCGAAGAUCUUCGGCACACGGAACUUCUCCAUCUGUUAUGAGAUCUAGAUCUGCCGAGCGAACCGUAGUCCAGGAUGACGAAGAGGCUUUGACUGUCGAAGUGGAAAACUUGGUUUGUGAGGAUGCUUGGGAAUCUCCAAUGUCGGGAGGAAGCAAUCGCGAUCUCUUAUCAGAGUCCACUCGGAGUGCAUCUGCUCGAAAGUUGCACCGUCGAGCCAUGAGUGACCCCUUCGAUACUGCUGAUUCCCAGGGAUUUCUCGAAGAGAAUGCUCAGGAGGUGGAUGAGGAGGAAGAAGAUGAACACGUGCUUGCUACUUUACCGAGAUUUCCAUAUGCGGAAACAAACAACAAAAACUGCUGGUCCGAGACCCCAGUAAAGAUAUUUUCUGUAAGAGGGGAAAGCUAUUUGAAAACGAAAAAGAAAGUGAACGCUACAGAAUACCUGUUGCAUGCGAGAGGAUGUGACUUGUUUGUGUCGCACAAUCCAAGUAAAGUUGAAUUGUCACACAUUCAUGGUGCUCUGGGAGGAACCUUCCGGCACGUCCCAUCCUUGCUGAUCCGACUAACCUUUCCCUGGGGAAUGCUGUUACAAUAUUACGAAGUUUCGGCGAAUAUGCUACCAUUCAUGCGAGGAGACCAAUCGGCGCCGACGGAUCAUUUGACGAAACAGGAGAAAACAUUGGCACAAUGGCUGCUGGGUGAUGAUAAUUACAAAUCUGCUCGAUUGAAGCUAAUCCCAAAUGUUGUGGAGGGACCAUGGAUCGUUCGAAAUCUUGUAGCAGGUACCCCUACAAUAAUCGGGAAGAAGGUACCUAUGAGCUAUCAAUACGUUCCCAAAGAUGGUUCUCUACAGGACUUUUUUGAAUGCAACUUGGAUGUUGGGAAUUCCACAAAGGCCGCCCAAAAGAUUGUUUCCGUGUGCCGACGUUACAUGACAGCCUUGACAGUCGACAUUGGAUUUGUAAUCGAAGGGACGGCAGCAGACGAACUGCCAGAACAAAUGAUGGGUGCCAUUCGAAUUCAUCAAGUCGACAGUGAUAAAGCACCGACAGUGCAAUAG